GGUUGAGAGGUGGGGCAUCCAGUCUUGCUUACUACACAUUCGUUUCUUUUUUUUAUUUUUCUGCCGAGUACGUGCGUGUGUUUUGUGUGAUCGGCAGUCCGGAUUCAUUCAACUGUCGUAUCAACUUCACUGUGGCAGUUUAUUAGCGUAAAAUUUGGAGUGACGACAGCGAGACGCCCGAGCGUGACGACGACACCAGUCGAUUGAAAAUACAAAUUUUGGAAGAGCGUCCGUGCAUCGUUAACCCUCAUCUUUUAAGAAUAAAAAAGAAACCGUCUUUCGUUAAACGAACAGAAGAAGAAAAAAACAAACAUGGGUUUGAGACAGAGCAAGCGGUCGGUUGAUAUUUCCGGGUCACCUAAAAAGGAGGCACCUGCUGCCGUGGUUGAGAAAAUUCCACAAUCCAACGAUGCCCCAAAUCAGACAAUAGAAAAUACUGAAGAAGAGGUUAAGACUCCCAUCAAUGGCGAAGCCAAGACUACAGAGCCAGCUGAUUUGGACAAGAGCAUUCAAGAGGACGUCAAGGAUAAAAGCGUGACGGAAGCAGCGAACGAUAGCAAAGUCGAAGAAUCUCCAUCAUCUCAAAAGGACGAGAAAAAAGAAAAGGUCAAGAAGAAGCGAUCGUUCCGAACAUUCAGCUUCUUAAGACGAGAGAAGAAAACGAAGGAAGAAAACAACAAAAAUGGAGAUGUUGCUAAAGAGCCUAAAACCGAAAAUGCUGAACAAGUUGCCGAUGUUGCACCCGUCGCCGCUGCCGAAUCGACUUCCGUGGAAGAACCCGUUGCAGUCGCAGCUGAAGUUAGCUCCGAGGAAACGGCCGCUCCCGUCAAGGAUGACUCUGCAGCCGUAGAAGAAGAGAAACAGGAAACCACACCUGAUGUUGCCCCGGCUGCCGAGGAAGUCGCAACGCCAGCUGCUGAAGAGCCCAAACAGGAGGAAGCGGCAGCUCCAGUCGAAGAAGCUGUGGCAUCUGAAGUUGAAACUCAACCCGCUCAACCAGAGGCAGAAGCUAGUGAUCCAGCACCGGCUUCUGAAGAGGCUCCUGCUGAGGAAGUUGCCGUUGAAACAAAUGAACAGGAAUCUGCUCAGCCCAUUAUUGAAGCCGAGCCCGUCCAGGAAAGCGAAAAGAAGACAGAAGUAGCUUCCGAAAACUCCGAAACGGUGCAAGCUAGCGAAGAAUGAAGCUGUUCAACUUCACCGGAUAGCGUUCAUUUUAAACAAACAAAAAAAAAAUAAAUUUUACACAUACUCCUCACCCUUUCCUCUCCCUACUCUGAUAUUUUGUUUCCUGAUAUUUGGUCAGUUUCUGUAUCCCUGCCCUUCUCGAUUCUUUUUCCCUUUCCACCACCUUUUGUAUUACUUCCAUUAUUAGAGAAUAGUUUGCCGCCGAUUUUGCCAAGUGUUCUGCUUGAAUGAAGGGAAGUAUUAGGAUUUUAAGAAGAGAAGUCCCUCUUUUUAAAACUGAUUCGAGAUCAUCAUCGUAUGUGGGUUUUUUUUUUUUCUUUGGCUUCAUUCGCCAUUUUAAUGGUAGAAAUAAAGUCAGUUGUUUCUCGCAA